CAGCAGCAGCAGCAGCAGCAGCAGCAGCAGGAGCAGGAGGGGGAGCAGAAGGAGUGGGAGGAGAAGGAGCAGCAGGAGAGGGAACAAGAACGGCAGCAGCAGCAGCAACAGCAGCAGCAGCAGCAGCAGCAGGGUUCUAUUGCUGUUGGGGCCCCUCUUCUUUUCCAAACCCCCCGCUCGCCGGGGCCCCCACCAUCAGGUGUAUCAGGGGCCCCUAAGGGGCCCCAAGGAGAUAGAGAAGCAGCAGCAACAAGUGGGAAAGAAGAAGCAGCAGAUGUUGAGAUGUAUGUACACCGCACGCUGCAGCACCUGCUGCAGGGUGGAGCACAUCUUGUUGCUCGUCAGCGCAUCCGUCUUGUCUUUCGCUUUCCCAAGUGCAUGCAGCAGCAAGUAAUGCAGCAGCUAAGUGCUGUUGCUCCUCAUUCACAGGCUGCGCCACACAGCACCAGCAGCAGCAGCAACAGCAGCAGCACCAGCAGCAGCAGCACUGAAGGGGGGGCCCCUCAUCAAACGGGGGCCCCUUAUAGGGGCCCCUUUGUUAAAGCAAAUUUGCUGCAUAAUGAAUCCAGAAGAAUUCAUCAACUCCCCGAAGGGGGCCCCCAACAUCAAGGGGGGGCCCCCCUUGGGGGCCCCAGUGGGAACCCUAGAGGGGGCCCCCCUGGGGGCCCUAGAGGGGGCCCCCCUUUAGAAGAAGAGGGGGGGGCCCCUGUUAUGUUAGGAUGGAGUAAGGGGAGGGGGCCCCUUGGUGGUGGAGGUGGGGGGAGGGGGGCCCCCUGUGUUAGGGGCCCUUGUUUUGAAGGUUUAAGUUUUGAUGUUGCUGCUGCAUCGGAGAGAGAAGAAGACAGAAAAGUUUAUUUAAAUGAAGAUAUUAUCGAACUACAGCUUCCUUUUCUGUCUGUUAAUGAUGUCUUUGUCUCCGAAGCAAAUGUAGCUAAGGCCCUUUAUGCAGACAUUUCAAUUGAUGGAGACACCCGAAGAUAUAAAAGCUCAGGUGUACUCGUAUCCACAGGUACGGGUUCGAGUGCGUGGAAUUAUAAUAUGGGUGCCGUUGACAAACAACAAGUAGAGACAAUCGCGAAAGAAAUAUUUAAAAGGAGAUCUGCACUCAAACCUGAGUGUGACGAAUUGAGCGACUUGGAGUUGCAGCAAAUUGUCGUGAAAGCCAACGAGAAACUUCUUCUUAACCCCGAAGCACUUUGCAUGCGUUUUAUUAUUCGAGAGCCGAUUGAAAAUAGGUAA